GCAGUGCAUUGUGGGACGUGGGUUGAUGGUGAAGUCAAGAUGGCUGCGAACCCCAGGCUGCGGAGAGAGCCUGCUGUAGGAAGGCCGUCAAUGAAGUUUUGAAUAGAAAAUCCGUCUUCGCUGCUCGUUUAGACUCAAACCAGUGUGCUGUUGAAGUUGUUACCGACCCGCGGAGGACCUGAUACUUUCACAGACAGCAACAGGAUAACAAACAACUGAGGAUAAAGUCUCGUAUGAAUUCCGACGAGAAGGAGGACUGUGAGUGUGCGCCACCACAGGCCGAGACGAGCCCCGCAGGAGGACCUUAUAGAGAAUACGAGGAGCCUGAAAUAGAAAACCCAGAAGCAAGCCGAAUGAAGCGAGCAGCUGCCAAACAUCUAAUAGAGCGCUAUUACCACCAGUUAACGGAGGGCUGUGGGAAUGAGUCAUGCUCCAACUCAUGGUGUGCCUCAUCACUCGGCUUCAACCGCAUGGAUAACAACGCAGCCGCGGUCAAAGCCCUGGAACUCUACAAGGUCAACGCUAAGCUAUGCGACCCACACCCCUCGAAGAAAGGCACUGCCUCGGCCUACCUGGAGAGCAGCGCUCACAGCAACUCGGCCUGCAGCAACAGGAAGUUGAACCAUAAAGAUGUCCACGCUGUACGGGAUAAUUUCAAAGAUGUAAAUUACCUGACAGAGGAGAAAGUGUAUGAGAUCCUAGACAUCUGUGGAGAGAAGGAAGACUACUCACCUCUGAUCAGGGUAAUCGGCAGGGUGUUCUCCAGUGCUGACGGCCUGGUGCAGAGCUUCAGGAGGUCCAAACCUCACACUAAAGAGGAGCUCAAGUCCCUCCAAGGUAAGGACGAGGACAAGGAUGAAGACGAGAAGGAAGCAGCCGCCUGUUCUGCUACAGCUAUGGAGGAGGACUCCCCCUCCGCAUCCUCGUCAUCAUCGAGGCUGGGAGAGGGCUCCUCAGGGGAAAACGAUGUCCAGAAGCUGGCCCCCGAUGAGGUGUCGGUGGACAUCGAAGCCGUGCGGCGGGUCUACGAGCGCUUGCUGUCCAAUGAGAAGAUAGAAGCAGCCUUCCUGAAUGCACUGGUCUACCUCUCGCCCAACGUAGAGUGCGAUCUGACGUACCACAAUGUGUAUUCACGAGACCCAAACUACCUGAACCUGUUUGUUAUCGUGAUGGAAAACAGCAACCUCCACAGUCCAGAGUACCUGGAGAUCGCCCUCCCACAGUUCUGCAAGGCCAUGAGCAAACUCCCGCUGGCAGCUCAGGCCAAGCUGGCGCGCUUAUGGGCGCACUACAGCGCGGAGCAGAUCCGGCGCAUGGUAGAGACCUUCCAGCAGCUCAUCACCUACAAGGUGAUCAGUAAUGAGUUCAACAGCCGCAACCUGGUCAACGAUGAUGACGCAGUGGUGGCGGCCACCAAGUGCUUGAAGAUCGUCUACUAUGCAAACGUGCUGGGCGGCGACCUCGACAUGGAGCACAACGAGGAAGAGGACGAGGAGCCCAUCCCGGAGUCCAGCGAGCUCACCCUGCAGGAGCUGCUGGGCGAGGAGCGGCGAAACAAGAAGGGCCCUCGGGUGGACCCGCUGGAGACGGAGCUGGGGAUCCGCACCAACGAUUGCCGACGGCCACUCAUUGCCUUUGAGGAGUUUGUCAAUGAGCCUCUGAAUGAGGUGCUGGAGAUGGACAAGGACUACACUUUCUUUAAGGUUGAGACUGAAAACAAGUUCUCCUUCAUGACCUGCCCCUUCAUCCUCAACGCCGUCACCAAGAACCUGGGCCUGUACUACGACAACCGCAUCCGCAUGUACAGCGAGCGGCGCAUUACUGUGCUCUACAGUUUGGUCCAGGGUCAGCAGCUCAAUCCCUACCUGAGGCUGAAAGUGCGGCGAGACCACAUCAUCGAUGAUGCUCUGGUCAGGCUGGAGAUGAUCGCGAUGGAGAAUCCUGCAGACUUGAAGAAGCAGCUGUACGUGGAGUUUGAAGGAGAGCAAGGUGUAGAUGAAGGAGGCGUAUCCAAAGAGUUCUUCCAGCUGGUGGUGGAGGAGAUUUUCAACCCAGAUAUUGGCAUGUUCACAUAUGACGAGGGCACCAAACUGUUUUGGUUUAACCCGUCAUCGUUUGAGAACGAGGGCCAUUACACUCUGAUCGGCAUCGUCCUGGGCCUGGCCAUUUACAACAACUGUAUCCUGGACGUCCACUUCCCCAUGGUGGUGUACAGGAAGCUGAUGGGCAAGAAAGGAACCUUCAGGGAUUUGGCUGAUGCCAACCCGGUUCUACACCAGAGUCUGAAGGAGCUGCUGGAGUACGAGGGCAGCGUGGAGGAGGACAUGAUGAUCACUUUCCAGAUUUCACAGACGGACCUGUUUGGGAACCCCCUCAUGUAUGAUUUAAGGGAAAAUGGGGACAAGAUUCCAGUCACAAAUGAAAACAGAAAGGAGUUUGUGGCCCAGUAUGCAGAGUACAUGCUGAACAAGAGUGUGGAGAAGCAGUUCAAAGCCUUCAGGAGAGGCUUCCACAUGGUCACCAACGAGUCCCCGCUCAAAUACCUGUUCAGACCAGAGGAAAUCGAGCUCCUGAUCUGCGGAAGCAGGAACCUGGACUUCCUAGCCCUUGAAGAAACGACAGAAUACGACGGCGGUUACAACAGAGAUUCUCGAAUCAUCAAGGAGUUUUGGGAGACAUUGCACUCGUUUGGUGAGGAGCAGAAGCGCCUCUUCCUGCAGUUCACCACCGGCACUGACAGAGCACCUGUGGGUGGGCUGGGCAAGCUGAAGAUGAUCAUUGCCAAGAACGGCCCUGACACUGACAGGUUACCGACGUCUCACACUUGCUUUAAUGUGCUGCUGCUGCCCGAGUACAGCAGCAAGGAGAAGCUGAGAGAGAGACUGCUGAAAGCCAUCACCUAUGCCAAAGGGUUUGGCAUGCUCUGAGCCCCUGCUCCGAACACACAGCAAAACGGACUCCUUCUCAGAAAGCCCAUCAAACCCUGCCCUUCCUUUGUCAGACACAAUCUACAGGUGACAAAAGACAGAGUAUGUUUUAAAGGAAAAGCAAAGUCAAUAAUGAAAGCAGAGAGAUGGUUCCAAUAGAGCGCUCCAGUAGUUCUUUACUGUGCCUGCAUCAUCCCACAUCAGUCAGUGUAAGCACAGAGACCUCCUGAUCAAAGUACCCACCCCCACAUCCACAUUACGUGAAUGUGCAGCAGCCUCCCCAUCUUUGUUUUCUAUGUACAGAGAGGAUCAUUUUCCUUAUUAUUUAUUUUAAGGUUAAAAUGGGUUAUUUUUCAUGCCUGCCUGUUGUGAUAGCUUCCCUACUCGGGGAACGGGGGAGGGUUAUUAUUAAACAAUGUAAAUUUGGGACAGUGCAUUAACAAGUCAAUAUAAAACCCAUUUAUUGAACAAAGUUGUGUUAAAGUAGACUUGAACUCUGGUUCACAGACCGCUGACAAAGAAAAUCUAGUUUUAGAGUAGCCUUUACUACAAAAUAUUAUAUUCCCCACAGAAGAAAAACCAUUCCACUCUCAGCAAUCAGUUAUUGUUGUUUCUACCAAGUCCAUUUUUGAUCAAGGUAAGCAUUUAGAAAUGUCACAUGGUCCUAAAUGGCACACUAUAAAAUAGCUGUUUUUGUUUUGGGCCUCUUUUCCUUAUUUUAGGGGUGGGGGUGGGGGGCACCGCAGGUUAGACUAAAAUCUUGUCAGAGCUGUGUAAGUGCACUUAGACAUUUUCAGAAUGUUUGUUUUUUGGCCACAGGUUGCCAUGAUUGUUUGAAGCAUUUUAUUUCCAUGUCUUCCUGUGUUGACGAUUCUAAAUAAAAACAGUAUUUAUAUAUCAGUGCGGUUGGAACUGCGAUGCCGUAUUGUGCACGUUUCGGAGGAUGUACACACGUAGACCAGUCACUGAUGAUGUUCUCAGAUACAGACAUAGAGCUCUUCUUGUGCCAACCUAUACAGUCAGUCGAUAGGUGGGUGAAACCCCAGUAAGCACUUUGUGUCGUCUCGUUCUGGCUUCGUCUGGACUCGUCAAUGUAACGGCAGUUUAUCUGAAAGCCCCCCAUGUAGAGUCAAGAAGGCAGUCACUGUUGUGAUUUUUAGUCUCCGGCUGUGGUUACACCUGUCAUUUUAAUACAACAUGUAUCACAGGUUCAAGUGAGGACAGCAGUCUACGCACAAUCUGAACAAACUGUUACGUCAAAGCUGCAACCAGCUCGGUUAAUCCUGAAGCCACUUAGGCCCUGUCUAUAUGUAUACAGAUGUUUUAGAAUACGGAUAUUUCGCCCCCUAGCUGUCCAAACAAAAACGGAAAAAUGGCUCCAAAUGCUAGCCCGGGACUGUCGCUGUCGGUAGUAGAGGAAAUAUAAAGAUGAAGGAGCUUAUUCAAGCAUACGAGAGAUGCUCUGGACAUGCUGCUUUUAUUUCUAGACGAUAAAAAUGUAUUGGUCCAACCGGUCCUGAUCCAAAACUGUCGCUUCUGGCUGACUUAAAACCGCAAACGCUGGAGCAAAAACACUGGGUGCAGAUGUUUCCAUCCAAGUUUAGGUGUCAUUGGACCAAGCAGCGCAAACAACAUGUUAGCAAACCAGUUUCUAGAAAUUUUGUUUGCCUGUGGACAAGAGGCGAAAUCAUAGAGGAAAAUAUCCAUUUACGAGCAUACCUGUAUACAUAUAGAGAGGGUCUGACGCUCAGAAAAGCGCCUCAUAUUUUCCUAUCAGUCCUUCGUUUGCUGUGCGGAUCACAAUGGAAAAUAAUGUCGAAGACAACAAAAAAAAACACUUUCUAAUUGUGCUUGCAUCCAGUAAGCACAGCUCAAAAACCAAUUAACUUGGCUCUGUAGAACAAACAAAUCCUCCCUCUCCACUGCUCUCACGUUCUAUCUUUUCGUUUAACAUAUGUAGCGAGGCUAGACUAACUGCGUCCUCCUGCUUCCAGUCUAUGUCCUAGACCUUUGUACCUCUGUAUAACACUGAUACUGACUCUGGGGAAGACGGUACUGUACGGACACAUCACUGUGAUCAGAUUUAUAUUCGGAUCUGUCACAUUCAAAGAGAAAUCAAACAGGUGUAACCACUGUCUAUGGAAAAGUCUAGGAAGCAUUUCAUAGCACUUUUUCAACAUUGAUUGGAAUAAUAACUGUGAAAUCAUCCUCCCACAGAACAGGCUGAUGUUUCGUAGUAUUUGAUAGUUCUGUUUUUGUUCAGUUGACUAGGCUGUACCUGUAAAGAACUUCAGUAAUGUCUGCAUGAUGUUCUUGCACACAGACUUUAUAAUUUGACACUGUCAGCAGAGUGCGUUAGGUCAGGCAGCACGUCAUCAGAUACCCAGGUAGGCAGGCUUUAAACCCAUCUACAGUUUAACUGAAUUAUUUAAACCACUUAUUUGAAAGUGAAAAUAAAAUGGACACACUGAAAUGUCACUUUUGGCAGUUUGUUGCAUUGUGCACAGCCACUAACUAUGGUAAGUAUGUUACCUGGAGUUUUAUAGAGUGCUCCAGGGAUGACAUGGAAGUUAGCAUCGCCCUGGUUCUCUUGUCAGAAAGCCGACAGGAUUGCUCCAUUGGAUUUCGGAUUAUUGCAGAAACUAAGCUCUGUGACAAACAAACAUUUAUGUUACUGAUAUGUUUUGUUCAGCAGGAUAAUCUUCUCAAACGGACACCACGUUUAUGGUCCUUAAAGCUUAAAUGCAAGCUAACGUUAGGCAAUAAAGUAACUACACGGUUGCAUGACGUAAUAUACCUAUCACAACAAGGCUGCAAAGUGUCAUUUAGCUUCUUGUCAGCAGCCGCCUUUUUGUAAGGCACAUAAAGGCUUUAAAAUUCACCGUGGGGUAUUGACGGACGUAUUUUAUGUCGUAGAACAAAAUGUGAAAGCCUCUUGUGUUAACCACAGACCUUAUUUCAGGCGUCUAACUGAAAACUAUUGACUUCAAGAUGAGGGAACAGGAAGUGCUAAAAUGCAAACUCAUUUCUGGGUUUUAGAACUCAUUCCUGGGGCACUCUAUAUAUUCAUAUACAUACAUUACAGCUAGGUAUGGGACGAUGUACAAUUUCAUUGCAUCAUCGUAGGAGUAUGCAUGCGUAAUAUGAUGUUAUGGAGACUUAAUGAUGACUAAAAUUAUGUGGGGAAAAAAGUGGAUAUAUCGAUAUCAGUAUCUGUUAUCGGCCAAAUGAGUAGUUAUAUAUAGGCAUAUCGGAUAUUGGCAGAAAAUCCAAUAUCAUGCAUCCCUCUUAUGAUGCCAUUGCAAAUAGUUGAAAUGACUGGCUUUUUAACAUUGUCUUUCGCUUAAAAGAAUAACAAACGUGCGUCCUAUCUGUUACACCUUAAAAAUAUUUCUGUCUUAACAAAAUGCCAGGUAAAGUGAUGCAGUAUGUUUAAGUAUCAGGAUGACAUCGUGAAUCGCAAUAAUUUUGGCCAUGAAAUUUUCAUAUCGUCCCAUGCCUACAGCCAACCCUUUUGCAAAACAUGCUUUGUUUUAGGAAUUUAAAUUAUUUCUACCAUUCCGUGCAAUAUGAAUAUAUACAGUAUGAAAAGCAUACUGUAAUCUUAAAUCUGAGGUAGUGCUGUGUCAACUUUUCAACCCACUUUACCACCAGACGAAGACAUUUUAACACACAUAGGGAUGGAUUACACAACUCGAGUACAUGUCAGGAAUCUUACAUAUUUUCAUACAUAGUGGCAACGAAUGGAAGCCAAUGGCAACCUUAAACAGUUUGAAAAAUACACCCCGAAAUCAAAUUGAACAUGGUUAUUAAAAAUGUAAGGUCCUUUAACAUUACCUUUUGUUUUACUUCCAAAUAAGUGGUUGAGAUAAUUUAGGUAAACUGGACAAACACUUGUUUGACCACUGCUGUAAAACUGUCUUAACAGUUUCCCCUCAUCUUCAGAUUUGCCUUGAAAUGUCAUAGCGUUUAUGUCAAGGUCCCCUUACUUUCUUUCUUGAGCUUUUGAAAAUAUUAUAGCCUGGAUCAGUAAAUGUAGCCGAUCUGACACCACUCAGCCAAAACAUCAAAACCACUGGCUGGUGAAAUGACAAACAUUGAUCAUUUUGUUAUAAUGCAUUGUUCUGCCGGGAAGUAUUAGGUCCUAGUAUUCAUAUGGAUGCCACUUGGCGCGCUCCAUCCAACCAAAACACUGUUGUAGACCAAAGUACCCCCCCCCCCUCAUGGCAACAGCACCCCCUCAUGGCAGUAGUCCUGCCCAGCAGGACAAUGCACCAUGCACCACCGUAAAAACUGUUCAGGAAUGGCCUGAGGAACGUGACAAAGCACUCAAGGCGACAACCUAGUGUCCGAAUUCCCCAAUCUGAUAACCACGGAUCGGGAAGACCCUAGAAGUACCCUCACUUCACAACGGGGCCACCUUGGAUUGGACUUGCUCUGACCUAUCAAGGCAUAGGCACAGGACCUCUUGGGGCAAUUGAUCCUUUUAGUCCUGUGGCUUGCAAGAUGGGGUAUGAACACAUCCCACAGAUGCUUGAUCAGAUUGGGAUCUACUGAAUUCGGAGGCCAGGUCAACGUCUUGAGCUCUUUGUCACGUUCCUCUGGCCUUUCCUGAACAGUUUCUGCAGUGUGGCAUGGUGCAUUAUCCACUGCUGUUGACAUGUGUUGUUGCCAUGAGGGGGGGGUUUGGUUUGCAGUUUUUUGUUGAAUGGAGCAUGUCAGGCGGCAUCUAUGUAUGCCAGGACCCAAGGUUUCCCAUGAGGACAUUGCGUUUUGGCCGAUUGGCGUGGUCUUACACAGGUGGUGACAGUAAACCCUGUCUCUCUUCAAAGAUGGUCCUUGGUGUAGGAUGUGAAUAUUUUCAAAAGCUCCCGAAAACUAGUAAUUGGAUCCUGAGUUUAGAUUUGAUCAAGACCCAGAUUAUCAAAAAAACAGGUUUGAUAUAUCCAAAGCUGGUCGGGGACUACAGCAGUCUGCAGAUGGUCACUCAGAGGGGUGUUUUUUUUGUUGUCAUGGGCUUUUUGGUCUUUGGAGAUUGAAUCAAUGACUUCUCACUCUAACCAUGAGGUUCCUGCUGUCCUAGUGAUGUGUCUGCAAGAGGACUGUCUCCUUUUUUUUUUAAAGUGCUGCUCAGCCUGUGAGCGCGAUGGUGCCCACAACAUGCCACUGAACCACAGCGCUCAGACCACAGCAGCACACAACAACCCUGAGCCAUUCUUUCUGUUCUUUUACUUUCUCAUCGUCAUGGUUUCAGCUGGACCUGGGCUAAAUGAUGUUGGAGAAUACUUUUCAUGGCUUGUUUCUAGCUUUCAUUGGAGUCACUUUGGACAGUACAAGGAGUGCCUGGAAAUGUGGACUAACAGUGGACUGUGUUGGAGAGUUUGUGGAAAUAACAACUAAACAUUGUAGUAACCUCAAUCAUGUGGAACUCUGUAGGUUCAAACAAAGGUUAAGGAUUACUUGCAACUGUUAUUGAGCCCAGGUCUGGUUUCUGCUGUUUACCAUUACUCUGUACCUCCGUUUUGAAUGCUGAAGAUGCUGCUCACGUGGACAUGUGAAAGGGCUCUAGAGCCUGGUGAAGGUAAAAGGGUGAAACCUGAUCUUGGAAAGGGAAGCGGUUUUAAUCGAUUGGUUUGACUUGACAGUAACAUUCUAAAAGAUACAAACUGAUGAAAGGCUACAAGUAUUCAGUGUUGUGAAAACAUGCUAAAUAAAGAUGACAGCUUUUUUCCAA